GCCUAGCCCUUUUAUAGUGAAAAUUUCAUACGGGAAGGUAGUUAAGCAGAAUGGCAAAACAAGUUGUAGUUGUAUUAUUGGUAAUUUUAUUCAAUGUUGAGAUGAAUAGUGCAGGAUCUACCAAUUAUGUGUUAACGAAAGAUACAGGUAUAGCACAAUCUGUAGCUCCAGCACUUACUCUUGAGAGGGAAGGAGAUACUUUAUAUUACUUUGGAUAUACAUUUAAGGGUAAUUGGUUCCAGGCGAUGGAGCAUUGCAAAUCACUCAAUAUGGAUUUAGCUAGUAUAGAGACAAAACAAGAAAAUGAUUUUCUAUAUAAUCAGAUGAAAGCAUUCUUUGGUGGUGGAGCUGAAUAUUGGUUUUGGACAUCUGGAACUACAUUACCUAACGACAGAUGGGUAUGGAUGGGAACAGGCCGUCCAAUUGUCUAUGCUAACUGGUUUCCGAAACAACCUGAUAAUGCAGGGAAUAACGAAAAAUGUAUCGAGGUUAGAUACAACUACAAUAACGGUCUUCAAUGGAACGACAACAAUCAAAAUGCGAAUCUUCAUGCUCUUUGUGAGGCUAAAAUUACAAAAUCGGUGGCAGAAAUGGUUCCUCUGUUUUGUAAUUUUACGGACUCUGUAACUGUUUUAAGAUAAGUUUGAAACAAACGGAUUAUAGUUCAGAUAUUUUAUUUAUAUAAGUGUAUUGUAUUUUGUGUGUUUUUGUAUGUUUUAUACGUCAUUAUAGCCGAUUAAAAACGUU